GCCUCUGAAUUCAAGUUCGGUAUUCAACGAUCCUCCAUGUGGCAGUUCAUAGGUCGAAAGGUUUCGUUCAGUUUGACUAUGGACAUUCCCGAGUCGACACCACUACAAGCCAAGAUCAAACUUCUACCUAAUGGCACGGCUAAACUACGACUGACACAAGUUAAAUUCGCCUUAGUGAGCGAAUACCUUAACGCCAGCAUCAACACAACAACAUUGAUUUCGUCAGCUAGCGAAGGUUUAAAAGAUAUUGCACUGAUUGACCUUGGUGAUGUUACGAGAAUCCCAACUGACAGUAGCACUCAGAUUAAGAUCGAUUUCGAAGUGCAGUUGUUGAGUCACGUACAUAUUAUUAACGGCGGUGUGCAGUGGGUUAGUGUAGGGGUUCAGUACAUAAACCAGUCUGUCUGGGCAGCACAGUUAGCACUCAAAACCAUCCAAUCAGCGGUCAGCAGGCCUGAUUUGAUGAUUUCAUUUUGGUCUCAUAGUGGAUGUAUGAGCGAUACGUUUGACAAGUAUGUGUACCGGUUUUUAUUAGUUUUCAACGUUAUCUGAAUAGAGUUUAAAGUUUUGCUCGUAGUUUAAAUUUACUGGAUAGCUGAAUCUACACAAAUCGUUUUGUUGUUGUUGUUGUUUUGUAAUGUAUUUUUGCUUUCUUCGAAAUAUAGAGGUGAAGUUAUUUAUCGCCUUAUCCUAUCUCAUUCGGACUUGACCACAGAAGAAGUAGCAAGCGGGAUGAUCGAAUGGCCUUUGCCUCCUGUUCUUCGACUAAAAACCUGGAACAAAGUUGAUGCGUCUAUUAAUGUGGAACUGGUCAAUGAAACAGACAGGGUCACUAUCAAGGUAAGAGAGAAUAAUUAUGAAUAUAAAGGUUUUUUAUCUUAACACUGUAUUUAUCACGGAGAAGAUGCUGGCUUUUGGUCUCACCGCGUUUUCUCUGUUGCUUCUCCAGUUUGGACAAUUCAACUUUUCGGAUACCAUCGACCUUGAAGUAACAUUUAAUCUUGAUUUACACAAAACACACGCCGACGGAAAAUUCCAUGAUUUAACAACGUACGUUAUUGUCAAGUAUAACGGCUCCCUGAACACAUGCAGCUCAUUUUCUGGUUCUCGUGAAUUCACCUUUGACGGGCCAGCGACGACUUCUAUCACAUAUUAUGUUCCGAGUAAGUUAGAAGAUACAAGUUCUUUUAAAGGUCGAGUUUUCUCGGUAGGGUACAUGUAGAAGCCCUUACUAAAUUUCCCUCUUCCAUUUGUAGAAUUACCCUGUGACCUGCCGCUAGGCAUGAUGGAUGGUAGCAUUACUAAUGCCCAGAUAACCGCCUCGUCCCAUACCACCGGCUGGGAGCCUAACCAGGGCAGACUCAAUAGCUCAAGAGCUUGGAUACCUUGGAUGUUACUUGCGUAAGUUACAAUAAUAAUAAUAAUAUUAUUAAUAUAAUACAAUGUAAACAAAUGGUAUGAGACUCAGCCCCAGAGUGUGUUGAAGACGGAUAAGAUCGAAGUGUUGUGGGACUUCAACAUACAGCGCGGCCACACUGUUAGACACAAUAGAGGCUAGAAGACCGGAUAUUGUGGUUGUGGGGAAGGAGGAUACAGUCUGUAAAAUAAUAGAUGUUGCCGUACCAGCUCAUUGCAGAGUCACCUCAAAAGAAAGUGGAAAAAUUGAGAAGUAUCAAGAUCUCAAGCGUGAGACACUGACACUGACACUGAGGUGAACAAUUGUUUUAGUAUAUACUAAAACAGUGAGAUAAUUGAGCCCAAAAAUGAUGAUUUUUAACUCAUUUACUGUUGCCUGCAAGGAUUACAAUUUUGGCGCGCAAUUUCCUCAAAAGGAGUUGUGAAUUCUUUUUGUAUUUAAAAUCAUUUUGUAAAAAGGAUUAUUAGAUUUAGUUUUAAGCUUAUUUAUGAACAAGUCAACUAAAAAAAAGUAACGCAAGACUUAAAGCUUAAUUUGCAUUUGUAAACAACAAAACUUUUUCGCCGGUUUUAUCGAUAAAUUCAAGUCAAAAAGACAAAGCUUUACCUGUGAAAACUUCCACCCCGAGCUUCGUCACUUUCUUCUUGUAUUUCGGAAACAGCUUGCUUGAUUAGUUGUGAAAUUUCUUUGUUUGUUACGGCAGCAAACCGGGAAGGCAUUUUGCAACUUACGCGAGUUUGGCGUCUCUCGCUCGGAGGAACUAGAGGUGAAUCAGUGAAUAGUGCAGGAUAUUCACUGAUUGAGAAGCCAAUCAGAGCGCGCGAAAAACACUAUCCACUGUUUUAGUAUAUACUAAAUUGUAAUAAUGAUGAUACUGAUAACAAAAAUAAUAACAAUAAUAAUAAUAAUAAUAAUAAUAAUAAUAAUAAUAUGCUACCUACAUCAUGAAGGCACAAGAGGCCAUGAAAUUCUUUCACAAGUCUUCAAAGGGUUUAAUUCAUCUCAUUUCAUCAGCAAUUUUGUUAAAAUGCGUCAUUAAAUCCCCGUCUUUCAUUUACAAGUUUCUUCUUCUCGAACUUUCCCUUACAGGAAUAGUCCAUCCACCUAACUGGCUAACAGGCCCCCUUGAUGCAUGGAUUAUCUUUGCUAAUGUUUCGCUUUUCUUUUCAGGAAAGACAAACACCAGUACCUGGAGGUUAAUUUUAACACCAAGGUUAAAAUUAUUCGUCUAACCACAAAAGGUCUUGGAGAGAGCUUUGUUACAUCAAUAUCUUUAUUUUACAGCGAUGAUGGAGUUAUUUUCAAACCGCUCAAGCAAGGUAGCAAGACAAAGGUACAGCCGACUUGAUUUUGAGGACCUUUGUAAUAAAAAUAUUAUUAGCGUAAAAGACAAUAUUGUUUUAACUAAAUGAAGACCCUUAUAUCGCCUAACCAUCUUUAAGCUUAGUGAUUAGGGAGGGAAACAAGAUCAGAACAAAUGUUAUUAUUAUUAUUUUGUUAUUACUUUUAUUAUACAUUUUUUUUUGUUUUGUUUCUUCAUUUGUGGCGGAAUAGUUGAUGAGAAAAGCAAAAAAACAUCUCACCCAAUACGAUGUCUUUAUGGUUGGUCAAUUAAGAAAUGAGCGGAAUUUUGUCACCUAGCAGGUUUACAUUGAAAUAUUUAGCAGAUUCUUGUUUGAUGGAGUUGUAUGACGUCAUAACUUCAAAAAGCCGCCAUCUUGGAUUCUAGAAAGUUAGAGAAACGCAUAUACGUUAAAUUAAUACCGAAAAAAAAAAAUACCAUUUGAUGCCAUAGGAUCUACUGGCCAACAUUAAUGGCGAUUGUGAGGCUGUGAUCAUUCUUCCAGUGCCAUUUGAAGCGGUGUUUGUUCGUAUUAAUCCAACCGCCUGGCAAAACAGCAUUGCCCUGAAAGUUGAGUUUUAUGGAUGCAAACUAAAUCAGCCUGUUCUUUCAAGUAUGUAUUGCAACGUGUAAUUGUUUAUGACUGAGAAAAUAGACGUAUUUUGUAUAUUUAUCUAAAAAAACAUCACGUUUACAGGCAUGGUGUUGGGAGUUUAGAGUAAUCAUUACAACUAUGAGAGGGCUAUAAAUAAAUCAGACAAAAUAAAAAUUCGCUAAAAUUCGCUACUUUCAUACUGAUUCACACGAACAUACUCUGUUUAGGACCAAGGUGUCAAAUUUUGAACAGCAGUCUUUCAAAUUUAUCCUCGAAAUUAUAGUCGUUAAAAGAGAAAUAAUAAAGAAAAACGUUUUCUUAAAUUAUAUGAUUGAAGAAACUUUUAAAUAAUUUUUUAUGCCUAAUUUUCCGUAGAAAAAAGUCACAAUUUGCUCGAAAUGACUAAACACCUUACAACGAUUUCUUCUUGCCUUUGAAGUCUAAUAGAGUUAAGAAGAGUAACGGCAUAGAAAUAAUAGUUUUUCGAACUUAGGACUUUGUUGGCAUUUUCAAAACGAGCAAGAAAACAGUAGCCUCUUGUUACAAGUUCAGCGUGUUGGUGCAAAUUGGAGGUUGGCAUAUUACUACCGUGAUACUCGUAGGACUCUACAUCACCUUCUAACUUUAUUUGUAUCAUGGCGUUUAUGACCAGGUGAAUUUCAUUCUGACAUAGAGCUUAUAAUCGCUCGCAACGGCAGCGUCUCAAUCCCCCUACGGUGGCCUAAAUCUACACCAACAACUCAGUUGAUAAAAGUGAUUUUUCUCAGUAGUAGAGGGAUUUGUAGAUAGUCAUUAGAGGAUUACGGUGCUAAAAGAAUAUCUCACUGCCAUUUUGUACUAGCUAAUAUUUGGAAAGAAAGCCUUAUUUUUGUUUUCACUUUGUUCUUCCUUAUUACCCUACUGAUCUCAAUAUUUUUUGUAUAUUUACUGUUUGUGGCGUUAGUCAUCUUUUAACUCUAUUAAGAGCUGUGUUCUAUUCUAUUCCAUCUUAUACGUUGAAAUUUGAUUCACAUAUAUAUAAUCUGCACUUUUUUCGACAACAAAUUGUACACAAAUUGAAGAUCUUUUAAUCUAGGAUUUUAAAAUUAGUCGUAAUUAGUUUAUUGCAAAACAAAUGGAAAACAGUUUUCCCCCAAAAAACUCAGUAUUUUGCGGGCACCACAACAGUAAACCCAGCCUGUCAAUCUUCCUUCUGCAAUUUAGAACUUUUGAUUAUCAAUUUAUCAAGCCCAAAUGAAUGACUGAGAUUAAUUUAAUUUAUGCAGGUCCCUUGAACUUUACCGGUCGUGGAUAUUACCUGGACAAAACUAGCGACACCAUGUACAUUUGUAGUUUGUCAAUGGAAUGGUGAGAUCUUCACGCUACUAAUUAGACGGCGAGUGUAAUCGUCCUCUUUUCCCGUUUAGCCAAACCCCUUAAGUUCCAAGAAGAACGACAGACCAUAAUUCCUUUCCAACAAAAUCAGUACAGAAUUUUAUGCGAGUUAAUAAUUAACAUGAUGAUGACGGGACAGUGCGUUGAUCUUUUGUUAAAUUCUCAGAUAUUUUGUCAAAUUUAAAGAAAUGCAUGGAGGAGUCCAUGGAGAUCAGUUUUAAGAAAUUUCUAUGCUGCUAUAUAUAUUGGUGCUUAAAAGGGGAAAUGUGUUGGUCGUCCAUGAGCGACAAGAACAAGCCCGGUGCCUCCAGUUUCUUAUUAAUAACCUGAUUAGAAUUGAUCUUAGGAAAAAGAAAAAAAAAAUAACGGCAAGCAGACUAGCUGGAAGCGAAUUUUGUGACGUCACAGUUGAAAAGCUUAUAAGCUUAUACUUUAUUUGCUAGCAGGUUUUAAGCUUUGUCGUACCGAUAAGGUAUCGUGCAAGUUAAAGUUUAGUAAUUACCUUGCAACUAGUUUUAUCGUACAUUUUUCAGCAAUGAGCAUUCGCCCAAAUGCUUCUUUAGCAAAGGCAAGGGUGCUUCAUGGACAGGUAUAUCGAUCGCUAUCCUAUACAUUUUGUAAAUUAUUAUCAUUAUUAUUAUUAUUAUUAUUAUUAUUAUUGUUAUUAUAUUGUUGUUGUUACUGUUGCGGUUACUUUUGUUGUCCAUUGUUUACGCCAUCGAAAUCAUUCGAUAGAAAAAGUCCAAAAUCGAGAAAUUUAGAUUAUCUUGAGAAGUUUCUUACCUAAAUUUAUAGAAUUUGUAUGGAGACGCCCGUGCUGGUGUCCUCAACUGUAGCACAAGGAAAUGAUCACAGGCUGAAAAUCAAUAUUUCUAGUGUUGAUGAGGAGCAACUCUACAUUUGUAGUUUGGUUACUAGCGGGCCAUGUUUUACAACAUCAAAGGCCUUGCGUAGAUCUAAAAAUAUCGCACCAGUGUAUAAGCCUUGAUCCAUUGCCUCGAGCCGGUCAAGUUUUUUUUUUGUCAGGUUCAUUGGUACUGAUCUUAAUGCCCCCCAUUACCACCGGAAUCACCUUUGUCAUUACAUCCUACAAUUUUCAAACUUCUUUCGCAAGAUCUUGAUAUUUCUCAACAAUUUCUCUUCCUUUUUUCUCACCCGUCCAUUCUCUGGAAUUGCCACAUCUAUAAUUUGACAGCUCUUUUCGCUCUUGUUAACGAUCAGCAAAUCCGAACUCCUGGCCCUGAGUUCAUGGUCUGUUCGGGUACUGAAGUCCCACAAAAAGUUAUAAUCGUCAUUUUCAAGCGUACUUUAUCAGGGACAUGGCCUGAUAAAUUUCAUUGGGCUCAAACCCACACUUUCCUGCCAGAUCCUAAUAGAUCGCCCUAGCCACGUUGCUCUAGCCACGUUGUCAUGUCUCCUCUUGUAUUCUUUUUGUGCCAUUAUUAAGAUUAUGUUUAUGAUUGUUAUUUCCUAUCAUUAUCAAUAUCAUUAUCAUCAUCAUUAUCAUCAUCAUCAUCAUCAUCAUCAUCAUCAUCAUCAUCAUUAUCGCUAUCGUUAUUGUUAUCGUUAUCUUUAUUAAUAAACAAUUUUCCUCUAUGACCUCAGCGAGAAAAGUCAAUUUUUUAGGUUUAACAGCUCACGCCAUUACAUUUAAGAAGAAGGAGUUUUGGGUGGAAUUCAGGCGCUUCUGACUUUCCUUCUUUAAUUUGCCUUUAAAACCUGAAAAACUUUGUUUUCAGUUGUUUUUUUUUUCAUCUUUUUAGCCAUGCAUCAUGGUAUAAUUUCCAUCCUUGGCCAUAACACGCUGGAAAACAUUUUGUACGUAGUAAGCGCUAAUGGAAAAGCCAUUUUGAAAGGCACUACAGAUUAUUCGGCAAAGUUCAUAGCUGUUCCCCUGAACGACUGGGACAUCGUUAAAGUCAAGGGAACCACGAAUCUUGCGGUUAUGAUUGGAGAUGUUUUGAUUAUCAAUGACACCAACGUGGCACCACUACCUGAGCAUACAGUAAUUUCAACCAGCGGCACCAAGUGGGGAGGUACGUGUUUCUGUUAAGAUAUUUUCAUUUCUUUUCCUCAUUAGCAUUAGCUUGUCGCUUUCUAAUAUUGAAUCAAAUAGGCCAUUUGAAACGAUGGUGUCAUUUUGCUACUACGACCACGAUCUUCCAGGGUUUGGCUUUCUUGUGCAAAUUAAAGGCUUUGUUAUUCAAAGCUCAGUGGGAUUAACAUAUAGAUUUAGCCAGGGCUAAAAGUGAAGCUCCCGUUAAUAAAUUCAUAAUUCAAAUCAAACAAUAAACUUGUAAUCCACAGAUCAGGGCACAUUCAUUUGACUUUUGAGGCAAAGGCUAAGUGAUUUUAGAGAAAAAUAGUUUGUCAGACCAAGAGUGAAACAGCUUUUACAUCGAGUUAUUAAAUAGUCUUAUUUGUACACCCAAAAAUAGCAAUCAUGUUCGAUCACAGUAGAUUAGGCCUGGAAAACAAAUAGACCUACCUAUUCGUGUAUUGUAUUUGCAUUAGCUGUUGCAUCAUAAUGUGGCAUUCACCAGUCUCUCCAACAUUGCUCCGUUUGAGAGACUAGGGAUAAUUGGACAACCCCGAAAUAUAAUUUUAAGAAAGACACGUGCCACGAUAGUCCUUGGUGGCAGCCAAUUUACACGUUGCAUUCCUCUGUCUUAAAGAGAGGCCAAAAUAAAAAAUCAGGCCGGAUUUUUUGUGUUCGACAAGUUAAGUUUACUAGUAAAUCUUGGCGACGAAUCUGGUGGCGUGUAAACCAGCCUUUUAAACAUACUUUUUCUCAUUUCGUCUCAGGUAAACAGUACUGUGAGGCCCUUUUUUUAUCAUACAGACCUCGGACAGAAUUUGUUCUUUUUUGCCCUAUUUAAACCUAUAAUUCUGCAGUUUUUCACAAUUUUGCAAGAGAAUUUACACUCAUUCAAUAUCCACGACGAUCAAAGCACGCGCUUCCUUUGCACAACAAAUGAUAGCAUUAAAUUAAAAAACGUUUUCAUGAGGAGAAUUCUAUAAUGCCGGGACUUUUCAGUUAGAAAAAUCUGGUCCUAUGUGAUAUGCAGGGUAAUAAUUAUGGGAUUUUAAUGAAAACGAUAAAAAAAAUUCCCGAAAUCACUUUUCGGCCAGCCGGACGGGCCUCACUUUUGACAGGCACCAAAUUUGCAGUGCGAUUAAUAGAGUUACCAUUUACGCUUCAACAUGAUAGAUAAAUUGUUAUGUUUAGGUUUUAUUUCCCUUUAUUUAUUAAACUGUGUAUGGUUUUGUUAUGUGUCAUCUUUAAAAGCGAGUGAUAUUUACGCGCGGCGUUUUGAGUAUUCCUGCAUGCGAUGUUUAUGUUCGACUGGAAACAACCGGUGCAGCGAUAAAAAUUGCGAGAGAGACUACUAACAAUCAAAAAAAUAAAUAUAAUUCGAUGAAACAUGUACAGAGACAAUAAUUUUCAUUCACGAAGAGAAGUAUUGAAAGUAAAGUGUCUCUGAAAAUCAUGAGUCAGGUAAGCAUAAGCCUAUUUAUGUUUUAAGCCGGCUUCCCGGUGGCUCUUUUUCAAGAUGAACUCGAGGCAAGAAAAUCGCUCAGAGCUUUCUGUUUACAGCCAAAAUCAUAACUAAAUAAUCUUCGGAACCUUUUCUUUGAAUUUGUGGUCAAAAAAUGUCUAAAGGCUUUUUAAACCUGAUAUUAUUGUAGGUUAGAACAUAACUCGUGUAUCAACUUACGCCGCAUAAACCAUACGUUCGACUUCAGGAAAACCGAAAAAAAAAAACACAUCAAAGACAAUAAUUGCUCAGGCUUACCAGUCGAGAUGCUGCUUCUGAAGGUCAUCAAGUGUUCCAGAAUCGCUUGAGACUUUUCAACCCUCUUACGCCUCAAGCAAGGGCAAGUGAGUAAGCUCAUUUUUGAAAACGAUGCCAAAUCGAAAUCGGAUUUCCAGUGACUUUGACAAGCGGUGCAUUUGUCAACAAAAAGCGCAAUAAAAAAACCAUGAAUUACAGAACAAUCUUGAUAGCAGCUGUAUUUCAUUUUGUACACCAAGUAGAAAAAGACAGUUUAAAGCAUCACAAGAUGACACAAAACUCUGUCAGCUCCAGCUAUCAGUAAGCAAGUUUCCAGACGCUGCAUAAAUUUUCCGCAUGAACUCACCUGUCAAAUUUUGACCAAUCAGAACAUAAAAAUUGGACGUAGAGCGUGAUCAACACGUGACAGUGAGAAAAGUCAAAAGUGAUUGCCUUCCCUGCAUGUAAAUGUAAAAGCCGGUUGAAUUUUCGCGUCCGAGGUCAGUUCGAAAUCAACAUUUUAAAAGUGCGGCUCAUGAACACGACUUAUUUCAUAUGCAUUUUUAAAAAAUUGAACUUGAGCCUGCGAUAAUUGAAAAGUAGCAACUUGUCAGCGGAUACACUCGAACUCAGUGGGUCGAUACCUGAGCCCGCGAUAGGGUCAGGCGAUACUGGUCAGCAGAAACACUAUUUUGACAGCUGUCGAUUAAUCAAAACAUGGUUGUACAAUAUCAGGUUGCAGGCUCCCAAACUAGCUAGAAAGUGUGAGAUUAAACAUUGGUAUGCCUGUGGUGCGGACAAACGGAAGGUGGGGUGGUCGGUUUACGGUCACGUGAUUGCCGAAUUUUCUAAGAUGGAUAGAUUUUCUAAGCUAUGAGGCUUCGAAUUGAGCCCGUGAUCAAAAAAAUAUCAGCGCACAACUUUAAACACUACGUGACCUCAAUGGAUAGACAAAUGAGCCCGCGAUACACUCAGGUGAUGAUGGUCAGCGUAUACUCUAGUUUGACAGCUGUCAAUUAACCUUCAUUAGAAUGGCGAGUAUUCGAAUUAACAGACUACGAGUGUGAGUAAGGCAUAUCCGUCCGGCAUGUAGUGGAAAAUGCCAGAUCGUGUACCUGAGCGAACCCGAGCCCACGUUAUUAGUUUUCUGAUAGUGGUCUGCACAUGUCCCAUUUUGACAGCUGUCAACUGACCUUAAUUUGGCUUGCCAAUAUAACUUUAAACGACUGUCAGCCAACUGACAGCCUUGCCCGGCGUAGUUUCGUUUUUGUGUUGAAUUGGUAAGUGAGACAUAUUAUAUCAGCUUAUAUGUCGGGGCAAAACGACUGGUCUUUCAUCUAAGCCCGCGAGAUAGUCAUGUGAUAAUUGUCAGCGGAUGUCUGAUUUUGACAGCUGUCAAUCUAAUCGUACUCAUACGGGUGGCUUAUAUAACUAAGAGGCUAGUCAAGUUGUGCAAGAUCUAUUGUGACAUUGGACAUCUGCUUACUUGAAGAGUGGGUAUGGGUGCGCGGGCGGGCGGGCGGGCGUACGCUACGUCAUAACCAAAUUUUCUCGGAUGGAUAGUUUACCAAAUUGUCGUACCCAUGGUGCUCCGCUGCGCGCGCGCUUCGCGCGCGAGGAGCUCCGCUAUCAAAUUUAAAUAUGACAGAAAAAACGAAAUGAAUUCUGAUCUUAGUAGCGGAGCUCCACCCGCGCGCAAAGCGCGCGCGUGGACGGAGCCCCAUACCUAAGGAAAUGUGGUAAUCUACCCAUUGGAGAAAAUUUGUUAAUCACGUGACCGUACGCCCGACCGUCCGUCCGCACCACAGGGAAACCAAUGUUUACUCUCUCACUUUCUAGCUAGUUUGGGAGCUCAAGAGAAAGGCUAAUUGCACAUCAAUGUUGUGAUCAAUUGACAGCUGUCAAAACAGGAUAUCCACUGACCAGUAUCACCUGACCGUACCGCGGGCUCAAGUGUCGACCCAUCGAAGUCGAGUACUUUUUUGAAGUUAUCCGCUGACAAAUUAAUAGUUUCAAAUGAUCGCAGGUUCAAGUUCUUUUUUUUCCCAUGAUUCAUACGAAAUGUGUUGUGUUUUUGUCACUUUGGCCCCGCACUGUCAAGAUUUUGAUUUCAAACUCACCUCAGACGCGAAAACUCAGCCAGCUUUUUAAAAAUACAGGCGGGAAGACCUUUUCUUACCAUGGUCACGCGUUGGUCACGCUCUAUGUCCAAUUUUUGUACUCUGAUUGGUCAAAAUUUGACAGGUGAUUUCAUGCCGAAAAUUUACACAGCAUCUUGAAAGUUGUUUACUUUGACAGCUGAAGCUGACAGAGUUUUGUGUCAACUUGUGAUGUUUUUAACUGUCUUUUUCCACUGGAUGUACAAAAUGAAAUACAGCUACUAACAAGAGUCUUCUGUUACCCAUGGCUGGUUUGUUUAUUGGGUUUUUGGUUGAGAAAUGCGUCCCUUGUCAAAAUUGGGUAUAUCCGAUUUCGGAUGGCAUCGUUUUUGUUUUUCACCUUGCUUAAUGCGUAAGAGGGUUUAAAAGUCUCAAGCAACUGUGGCCUUCCUUGAUAUCUUUCAGGAACUGAAACUCGAAUGGUAAGCCUGAGUAAUAAUUGUAUUUGAUGUUUGUUUUUGUUAUAUUUAAUUUCAUGAAGUCGAGCACAGUUUAUGCGGCAGGUUUUUGCACGUUUGUAAGAUUUGAGUCAAUGAUCUGACCUAGUAUCAGGUUUGAUGUAAGAUUACAGAACUUUAAAAGGCCUUCAGAUAUAUUUUCUCCCGGCAAAUAGAAAGAAAACGUUUGGAAGAAUAUUUAGUUAUAAAUUUCGCUGUAGAAAGAAAACUUUGAGCGAUUUUCUUGCUUCGAGGAGUUCAUCGUUGAAAAAGCAAACACCGGGAGGCCGGCUGAAGAAGUAAAACAAAAUAAACUUAACCUUAAGCUUAAAGACUCAGGAUUUUUAAAGACCCGUUAAUACUUGUCUUCGCGAAUGAAAAUUGUUGUCUCUGUAAAUGUUUCCCCCGAAUUAUAAUUCAUUUAUUGAUUGUUAGUAGUCUCUCUUGCAAUUUUGAUCGCUUGUCCGUGGCGUUUGUUUUCAUCGUUCAUGAACAUCGCUUAUAGGAGUACAUGUCGCGUGUAUCAAACGCUUUAUAAGACUACACAUCGUUAUAACUGAAACCAUUAAAUAACAAAAAAUAAUGAUAUUAAAUUUGUGAUUAUGUUGAAGCGUAUCUCUGUUAAAGUUCAUUCAAACACUCGACCAUCACUGACAGCUCGCACUAGAAAUGAGAACCGGCUGGCCGUAUGGGUGAUUUUGGAAGUUUUUUGAACGGUUUCGCUAAAAGCCCACGAUUUGUCGUCCUGAACAUUGAUUGAGUACAAUUUGUCUUGAAAAAUUGUGAAAUACCGUAGAUACUGUCCGAGGUCUGUAUGAUAAAUAGGUACUGUUUCACCUCAGAUGUGAUGUAUAAAAAGUAUAAAAGGUUGGUUUACACACCCUCAGAUUUGUGGCAAGAAUUUGCAAAGUAAACCUAUCGAACGCAAAAAAAUUCGGCCUGAUUUGUUUUCCAAGAAUUUGUUCUCGAGGCCUAAUUUACAGUGGUCAAGAGCCAUUGAAUAUGAUCGAAGUUGUUUGCUAAUUUUUGGGUGUACAUAUUUAGGCUAUCAACUCGAUGUAAAAUGUUUCACUCCAAAAUAACUUAUCCUUUCCCUCAAAAGUCACAUAAAUCAAUGUGCUCUUAAGUUAACUGACUUGUGGAUUACAAGUUUAUUGUUUAAUUUAAAAUAUAAAUUUAUUGAUGGGAGCUUCGCUUUUAGCCCUGGCUAAAUCUAUAUAUUAGUAAAACAACGUCAUCGUGCAAAUGGCCGAUAAGCACAAUUUUUAUUGACUGAAAAUUCGGUCAGAUAUUCGAAAUAAUUUUUGUUCUAAAGGGUUAAUAACAAAAACGUUUACAUGCAAGGAGCUAAACCUGGGCCAGAUUCGAUAUUUAGGGAGAUAAGGCUAAAUCAAGAACUAUUUAUUUAUGAACUUACCUAAAAAAAAUCAUUUGGGGAAUAAGGAAAAGAAUUUGUAGCAUGCAAAAUAGCAUACAGCAAUCGUUUAUCUGAAUGGUGUUAAAACAAUGAGAUUUUACCAAGUCUCAAAACCUCUAUUCCUCUAGAAGUGUCAUGUAGAGUGGACAAUGUUCCCCAGUUUAAGAGUCUCACUAGCAUUACAACUAUAACACUAUAUCUUUACUUGCCUUAUUUUGAAGUGUCUGCGAAAGGUAUUCACGUGGAGGAAUCACUACAGUGGAAACUAAAAGCAACUUGGAGAUGCUACGGUUCGUAA